AAUUCUUCAGAAAACUGAAUUGCCAUUUUUUUUAAAUUAUGCUUUAAGAUUAUACAAAGUAUUUAACUUCAUUGCUACACAGAUGUAAGAAGAAAGCCGACAUGAGGGCGAGUAUGACAGUAUUCAAUUUGAGUAUGUUGCUGGUUUUGCUGGGCUGGUGUUUCGGGGCCACAGUGCUUUUAUAUGUGUUGUACUCCUGGCUCAUCCCCACUGCGGUGCAGUUCAAUGGCAGUCUGGCGUUACUCUGGCACGAUGUCAUCGUUGAGCGCGCUCUUGAUACUCUGACCAGAUCAACUCGACCACAGCGUCUGCUGAAAGCAGUACAGAAGCAUGCGACCCGUGGUGACCCUCAGAGUGUGAUCUCGGCCAUUGAUCAUUUCUGCCGACACAGUGAAUGGGCUAUGAACAUUGGAGAUGAGAAAGGCUCUAUUCUGGACUCAGUGGUGAGUGAGUUGAACCCAGAGAAGGUUCUAGAGUUGGGCACAUACUGUGGAUACUCCACAGUGCGUAUCGCUCGUCUGCUUCCUCCUGGAGCUCGACUGAUAACACUGGAGUUCAAUGCAGAUUAUGCUGCAAUUGCUCGACAAGUAAUCGCCUGGGCAGGUCUUGAAGACAAAGUUCAGCUCGUAGAAGGUGCGUCUGAAGAUUGGAUCCCACGCAUGAAGGAGCACUUUGGAAUUGAAACAUUUGAUUUUGUUUUUCUGGACCACUGGAAGGACCGUUACCUCCCUGACACAAAACUAAUGGAGGAUUGUGGACUGCUAAGGAAAGGCACCGUUCUGCUUGCUGAUAAUGUGAUCUGUCCAGGAGUCCCAGACUAUCUUAAAUAUGUGCGCAAUGGCCUUUCUUAUAAAAGCUGCUAUUUUAAAUCCCAUUUAGAGUACACCAAGGCAGAGGACGGCUUGGAGAAGUCUGUGUUUUUGGGCUAGAGAUAUACAGGGAUGGUUCAGAGUUUCUGAGACCCAGCAUGAGAUUUAUUUUAAAUGAUUUAUUAUCAUAAGUCCCUAAGAUGUAUUGUGCUUAAAGUCUGUAAAUCAGGACACACAGCUCUGCGUUUAUGUUUUAUAACUGUGUACCACUAGAGGGUAGGAUCACGUUUAAAAUGGCUAAAUGAAAUAUGUGGCUGUGUCAAGACCAGACCCUCAUAUAUCACAUAUUUGUGUUUGUACAGAAAUUGGGACUUUUAUAGGUUAUUUUAAGGUUAUUCUGUAAUAAUGAAAACAUUGGCACUUUGUGUUGAGGAAGAUAUACAAGUCAUUUGGAGUGUGCUAAUUUGAUGCAUUUUUUCAGCGUUGAUAAUUGCAUGGAUUGCAGUUGUAUUUGUUUUCAAAACAUUUGGU